AUGACAAAAGUCACGGUAUUGGAUGGUAGUUUUUCAUCUCAAAUAUCAAAACACGUGAAUAAAAGUCCUGAUGGAGAUCCUUUGUGGACAGCACGUUUUCUGGUGACAAAUCCCGAUGCUGUUCGUGAUGCGCAUCUGGAUUUUCUACGAGCAGGAAGUGACAUUAUAGAGACCAAUACCUACCAGGCAUCAGUUGAUGGAUUUUGUAAAUAUCUUGGGGUAACAGAAGCUGAUAGUCUCGACAUUAUUGUGAAAGCUGUUGAUCUGGCGAAGCAAGCUGUCAAAAUAUACAAAGAGGAAAUAAUAAAUAAUGAGGAUGCUGUCAAUGUCAACCCGAUGAUCGCUGGGUCUUGUGGGCCCUAUGGAGCUGCGCUCCAUGACACUUCAGAAUAUACUGGUUCGUAUGGCAAACGAGUGUCACGUGAAUUUCUAAAAGAUUGGCACAGACCUAAAAUGGAGGCUCUGAUAAAAGCUGGAGUUGACUUGCUGGCAAUCGAGACAAUUCCUUGUCACGAAGAAGCUGAAGCUCUUGUUGAAUUACUCAAAGAAUUUCCUGAUACCAAAGCCUGGCUGUCAUUUUCCUGCUCGACUGACGGGGCUACGAUUGUUGAUGGAAGUGAUUAUCAAGAAGUAGCAUUGCGUUGCUACAAUAAUUCCCUCAAAGAUCAGCUGGUUGCUGUUGGUGUAAAUUGUCUGUCACCUCACAAUGUCACGUCAUAUUUGUCGAAGAUAAAUAAAAAUAAUGGAGGAAAUUCAGUGCCUUUAAUUGCUUAUCCUAACAGUGGUGAAGUAUUUGUUCCUGGUAAAGGCUGGACAAAAGAAGAUGGAAAAAUUUGUGAUGUUAAGAAAUAUACUCAUGAGUGGCUGGAAUUGGGGGUUCAGUAUAUCGGCGGCUGCUGCAGAAUGUCUGCUGUUGAUAUCGCGAAAAUUCGCGCCGAAGUUGACUCAUGGAAAUCGCAGGAGAGAGAGACAACUGUUUGAUUUUAUAAAGAGUUGGUUUAUCGUUUAUUAUAACAAAAGUUUAUGGCCAUUAAAAUACAACUUGACCUCUGUUAUCACUGAAUAUUAAAUUUAUUAUAAUGAUUGUAAUUUUUUUACUGCGUAAAUUAUAAAUUUUCCAUCGUUUAACAAUUUUAUAGUUAAAAUAAAUAAUAAAAGUAUAACUAUGUUAAGUUUUUUUAUUAAAUAUUUCAUUUAAUAAUUAA